UAAUGGCCCCGGCCCCCACACCAGAAUUUGUAGCUAUGAUGGAUGAGCGGCGACCAGGUAACACGCCCACGGGAAGAAGGACGGGGGGCGGGGGGCGCACGCUGGUCCAUCUGGGGCCUCCUAAGGGAGAUGAAGGAAAAGCCAUCGUCAAGCAUUUAUUGGUGAGGAAAAUGUCAUAUUUUAAGAGCUAAUCGGCCAGCAUUAUUAUUGAAUACCGAUUACAGUAUUCCAGGCACUACCUGCAAAAGAACCAAUGGGCGGGGCGCCUGCAAGACGGUGGGCGGGGCUUAGGGGGCAGGCUUGCGGUGAUUGGCGGGGCGGCGGCAAUAUCGUUUACAGAGAGGCGGCGGCUUGCAAGCGGUUGGGCGGCCGUGUGGCUCAUUACUGAUACUCCUGAAUAUUACUGUUGUCAUUACCCCUGAGAGGCGCCGCGGCCAAUAAGCAAGACGGAGAUCACGAGAUGAUUGCAGGAAUGGGAAUAACAGCGAUGAGGGACGUGGGCAAUCAAUAGCGUGAUGGGCGCCGCGCCGAGGCCCACCGCCGUUGCCUUUCCCUGCUGAUGGUGGCGGCGGCUGCGGCUGACCUCACCCGGGGGCUCGCCGCCACACGCUCUCAUCUCCCACUUAUCGUAAUAACCAACGCGCUAUAUCGUUGAUUGCACAUCCGUUUGCUGAACGUCAUCCGUAUAUUAAGCUAAGGAGAGGAGGUCCCUGUAUGCCUCGUCUUGCCCCUCGCCCCCCGCCCCUUCACCCGUCCCCUCAUUGUUCCCCUCAAAACCAAAUUCUCAUUUCGGGCUCAGCCAAUGGCGCAGCUCGGGGCGAGUGACGUCACACCCGGACUCCUCCCCCAAGGCGCUCAAAGACUGGGAACUCUCAGCCAAAAGUGUGUCGUGCUUGUUUCUGAUUUAAGACGACAAAAAGGCAACUGUGACCAUCCGCUUAUCAUGAUUAUGCAUUUUUGCGAAAGGAGAAGAAAUGGCGUGGAUGGCGGCAAGGCCUUUCACCGGUGCUCCUGGCAACUGGGGCGCCCGCGGCCCCGCCCCCUGGCUACCUGAGCACGUGCUGGCCGGGGUCACGUGAAGACCACACCGUCCGGCCACCUGCCCGCCACCACACCUCUGCCUGCCGCCACACCCACCACCACUCCGAACUCACGCCCCGCAGCAGGACUUGGUUCGGCGAAACAUGUGUGCUUGUGUGAGUGAACAGUGAUGCGGUGCAGCGAGUGACCCGCCGCGACGUAUGAGGUGAAAGGACCGCUACGCGAGGCACGCACCACCUGACUCGCCUUCAUGGGUGACCAACACCCAGCCGCCGCGCAAACGCCCAAGGCGGAGCCCCGCUCAGCUUCCGCCAGCCCACGACUCGAGCUCAAGAUGGAGGCUACCGAGGAGGAGGCCAAGGCGCGCCUAAAAGAACCUGAGCCACCCACCCGCAGGGCACCCACGCCCACACCCACGUCCAUGCCCAUGCCAACGCCCACGCCGCUGGACCUGAGUCACCGAGAAUCUGAAAGGGUAGACAGCAAGCGGCGGCGUUCCUCGGGGGUGACGCUGUUUCCGGGACUGACCAUCACGCCGGGGCGGGGCAAGGGAGAGGACGCCCCCCUCACGCCCUCUCCAACGCCCUCUCCGCCAGAACAAUCCUUCCCAAGAUUUCACUUCGGGCGGGGCAGUGCCAGCCCCGCGGCCGCCGCCACGCAUCUUCCUAAGGCUGCCACGUCCACCGCCUCCGCCAGUGACAGCUUGCCUUCGUCGCCGCCUCCGCCUCGCGCGUCAGGCCGUUCGCAAGACAGGGACGGCGUGGGCGUGGAGUCGUGGUGGUACCCAGGCUUGGUGGGCGCCGAGCUGUUCCGUGGCCUGCCCGACAUACCGCUGCCUUUCCCCGGUCUACCCGCCUUCCUGGCGAGGCGGCGGCGGCGGGACAAUCGACAGCGGCGCCAGAGGACAACCUUCACCUCAGAGCAGACGCUGAGACUCGAGAUGGAGUACCACAGGAACGAGUACAUCUCCAGGCCACGGCGAUUCGAGUUGGCCGAGUCGCUGGACCUGACGGAGACGCAGAUCAAGAUAUGGUUCCAGAAUCGGCGCGCAAAGGACAAGCGGAUCGAGAAGGCGCACAUGGACCAGCAGUACAGGUGCAUGACGCUGGCCGGGGGUCUGGGUGGCCUGGGUCCGCUCUACCACCCAGCGUUUUGUGGAAUCUGCACCUACAAACCGCCGGCUGGGCCACCUUCGGGGUCCGUGCGUGGUCCCGCCGCGUCGCCGCCCUCCAUGAUGAACGGCCCCAAAUCCUCCACGUCCUCCCUGCUGGCCGGCCCCGCCGCCUCCCCGUCGGCCAUCCUCAGCGGCUCCCUAGCUACUCAGGCUCAUACACUGUCCAUCGGCGCAUCGUCCUCGACUUCCCUCCCGCUAGGACAGUCACCUCCCUCCGCCCUUUCAAUGGGGCCCUCACCGUCAACAAGCCUCCCUGUCGCUCAACUGCCGCCUGUUAAUUUGUCUCUAGGGGCGCACCUCCCCGCCUCUUUUCUCAGCGUCACGUCAGCCCCGUCACCGCCCAGCACCGCCACCUCCACGGCGCCCGUCACCUCCAGCAUCAAGAAGCCCGUCCCGCUGCCCGCCUCCACAGCAAGCUACGUGGCUCUCCGCGCUCAGGCCUACUGAAGAAAAGAUGAAUGUGUAUGACGCUGUGAACUGGAAGUAUUUUUGUUUUCCUUCAGGCUAUCGAAACAGCAUACAUACACUUUUUUAUUUGCUCUUCCCCUGAGAAUGCUUUGUUCACAUGUUUAUUAAAGGUAGUUUACACACACACACACACACACACACACACACACACACACACACACACACACACACACACAGAGAAGUCCUCAAAUGCUGCCUCGAGAUCACUCCCCUUCCCCCUCCGGCUGUCAGGCUUGGCCACGAAAGGGAGUCGUGGGGCGUGGCGCAAAUAUGAACUGUUUAGAACAAGAACAACUCCGAACUCUUGAGAAUCAUGCAAUCACCUGUUGAGCGAGUCACCAUUAGCUUCGAUCAGUGACUGCUAGUGUGUUCCUAGUCUACAUUUUUGGGCGUAGUGUUUUAUAGAUAUUUUUUGGUCCCUCAAUACCAAAGAGACAUGAUAUUUAAUAGUUAUAAUAUAUGUAUAUGUAACGUCUCUAUGCACUUUUAGCUGGUGAAUAUAUUAUACUUUAGAUGGUAGCUGUUUAUGUAUACUACUGA